AUGGCAAAGUUGAUAGUAUACAUUGCUUUUUUCAUUUAUUGCCAAGCUGCCAAUCAAAAUCAGGCACCUGUGCCAAGAGGAGGAGGAGAUAUGCAACCUAUGCAAGCAGGAGUAGGAUACCCAAAAAAGACCGAGUCAUUGGAGACCCAACUUCUCAACAUCACUUGGAGACAUGAUAAAGACAUAAUUAAGGUGAUGUUUAGACCGCAGAAAGAGCAGGAGAACACAAAACGAAACAUUCUACGAUUUGUGACUUCUCAGUACGGCGAUGGUACUAAGAUUAAUUUUUCAAAAUUUAUGGAAAAGGAAAAGAGAUGA